AUUCCCAGCGGACAAGCACUAAAAGAAGUGGCGAGCGGGAGAAGGGAAGCUGUGGCCGCUAGCUCGCGUUUUCCCCCGCGUGCCGACCGCUCUCCCCCCGCCUAGUCUCUCAGAUGGUCUCGCCCACUCCGGCCGCAGCCCACGAGGGCGAGGCAGCGCCGGCGCGCGGACUUGGCAGUCGGAUGAGCGGAGGUGCAGCUUCGCGGGCCAGUUAUCGCGGCCUGGCAGCCUGGCGGCCAUCGCAAAAGAAGCCGCGAAACCUAUGCCUCACCACAGGCUACUUUAAGAAAAAUGGCCCUAUUGACCCAGUGGAUACCCAGGUGGUUCAAUUCAAUUAAAUUGAAUAGUUUCAUUACUUCUACACAACUCAGAAAUUGUUUUCCGAGACCUGGAAAAACAUUAUUGCAUGAAUUUUCUGCUCAGCCUCGGAUGUCCUCUGAUAAUUUCUUUCUCCAGUGGGGAUUUAAGACUUACAGGACCUCCUCCAUUUGGAAUAAUAGUUCCCAGUCUACCAUCUCAAUUAGGCAAGAGAUUAAUUCUGCCCAAAACACUAUGCUUCCUUCCGUAAAUGAACAGUCACUGAAGACACAAAAGAUACCCAACUUUGAUUCUGAGCUGUCUCUAGAAGGACUGGACAAUGUGCCUCCACUGUCUCCAUUGCAGCCAAUUUCCGAGGAGGAGGCUGUUCAGAUUAUUGCAGAUCCCCCAUUGCCCCCCGUUUCAUUCACACUUCGAGACUAUGUGGAUCAUUCUGAGACUCUGCAGAAGUUAGUGCUUCUAGGAGUGGACUUGUCCAAGAUAGAAAAACAUCCAGAUGCAGCCAACUGCCUUCUGAGAAUGGAUUUUGAAAAAGACAUUAAGCAAAUACUCCUAUUUCUUAAAGAUCUGGGUAUAGAAGAUAACCAACUGGGACCAUUCCUUACUAAAAAUUAUGCUAUUUUCUCUGAAGACCUUGAAAACCUUAAGACCAGAGUGGCUUAUCUACAGUCAAAAAAUUUCAAUAAGGCAGAUAUUACACAGAUGGUCAGAAAUGCACCGUUUUUGCUGAAUUUUUCAGUGGAAAGACUGGAUAACAGAUUGGGAUUUUUUCAGAAAGAACUUGAACUUAGUGUGAAGAAGAUUAGGGAUCUGGUAGUUCGUCUCCCAAGGCUACUAACGGGAAGUCUGGAGCCUGUGAAGGAAAAUAUGAAGGUGUAUCGUCUUGAACUAGGUUUUAAACGUAAUGAAAUUCAACAUAUGAUUACCAAAAUCCCAAAGAUGUUAACUAUAAAUAAAAGAAAACUUACGGAGACUUUCGAUUAUGUGCACAAUGUGAUGAGCAUUCCCCACCACAUCAUUGUCAGGUUCCCACAGGUAUUUAAUACACGGUUGUUUAAAGUCAAAGAAAGACACAUGUUUCUGGCUUAUUUAGGAAGAGCACAGUAUGAUCCAGCAAAACCUAACUACAUUUCUUUGGACAAACUGGUAUCAAUGCCUGAUGAAGUAUUUUGUGAAGAGAUUGCCAAAGCCUCGGUACAGGACUUUGAAAAAUUCUUAAAAACUCUUUAGUUUUUAAUGAAUGUUAAAAUGUAAUAAUGUGAAAUAUAUAGAUAUAUAUAUAUAGAGAGAGAGAUAUAUGAAUAAAUUAAUAUACUUUAAAAUAAAUGCC